GUUGCCGCUCCGCGCGCGGCUCACUCAGGUGCAGUGACUCAGCGAGCCGUGGUCUCAGGAACAGCUGUCUGCGAUGGGAGGACGGGGCGAACCAAAGGAGCCGGUACCGGCGCACAGCGGAGCCGAGGGACACGCACCUGUCCCCGACGACACCGGCCCGGAAGUGGCCGCUGGGCCGACAGAGUCCGGCGGGUCCGUUUACGGCGUUGGGGAGAAGGUCUACCUCGGGGUCCGGGUCAAGAUGCCUGUGAGGGAUCUCCUGAAGAAGAUCCGCACCGAUCAGGGCCUGGAGCCCCACGACUUCCAGAGGAUAUACGGCAAAAAAGUCAAAGGAAAUGGAAAGAAGGUGAAGAUGCGUGCGGCGCGGCGAACCUGCAUGAGGAAGCGCUCCACCAAGAGCCUGGAGGAGCUGUCGAUCAUCGUGGAGGUGCUGGAGGAGGAUCUCCGCAUGGGCAACACCUGCCGCUCCCCUCCACAAUCUCUGCCGUCCCCCAACCCUCCAGUGUCCCCCGGGUGGUCUCCAACCGCAGCACAACGUUCACUUCAGGUACAUGAUGUGAACACGAGGACUGGCUGGAGGCAGAUGACCAGUUCUCAUGGUUCGGGGUACAACAGUGACGAGUCUGACAACUACGCGACCUGCUCGGAGUACCAGCCGCCGCUGCGCCCCCCCGGCUUCAUGGACGCCGGCCCCCCCCGGCCCCUCUCCGGCGGGGCGGAGCGGGACGACGCCUGGAACCAGAACGACUCGGCGUUCUUCUGGACUCAGCUCCAGCGAGAGGAGAGCCAGCUGGCCGACGUCCACGACGCCGAGCUGCUGGCGCCCGACGAGCUCGGCAAGACAGCGCUCCACCAGGUGGCGUGCAUUGGAAAGAGGGCGCUGGGCUACGCCAUCGCCAGAAGAAUGGCCGCCGCCAACCGCCUGGACCUCAAGGACUCUGACGGGAUGACGCCGCUGCUCCACGCCGCGAAGCACAACCACCACCUGAUGGUGGCGGACCUGAUCCUCCUGGGGGCCGACAUCAACGAGGUCAACCACUCGGGGAAGACCUGCCUCCACCUCAGUGCCGAGAAGGGCUACACCCGAGUCCUGGAGGUUCUGAAAAACGCGAUGUUAGAUGGCGUGUAUGUCGACGUUGAAGCCACUGACAACUCUGGGGAGCCAGAGUACGCAGCCGAGCAUCGGCUGACCCCCCCCCCGCCCGGCAGGGCUUCCUGGAGACCCGACAGUAAUGUUCUGAGUUGGUUCAGACUCGACUGGGGAGAGGGACACCGUGGUCCUUAUGGGAUGCUUCCUCCCCCGGCUCGAGUUCUGACCCAUUUAAGUGAAGCAUCUGGGGUUUGCUGUGUCGGCACAAACACCCGCGUUGCAAACGGGUCGUUUGUGUGACGCCGGCACCGAGACGCCAGAUGCCCUCCGGUUGGUUUCUGUGAAACUUCCAUUGUUUGUUACAUUUGAGUAACAAGUCGUCCUCAGUUAGUCUGUGCAGACCGAGAGGUUCAACCCCACCACCACAUGUAACACUAUACACAUAUAUAUAUAUAUAUAAAACUAUAUAUAUAUAUAAAAUUAUGUGUAUAUAUAUAUAAAUAAAACACUAUACACAUAUAUAUAUAUAUAUAAACUCUAUAUAUAAAUAUAAAACACAAUAUAAAUAUAUAUAUAUAUAUAGUGUUGUAGCUGUGAUGCUAGUUUUAAGUUCACGGCUGUUUUAAAGUAUAUUCCAAAUGUUUGUCUUUCCAAUAACAGACUUCUUAAUAAAUAUGUAUUAAGAGCCAGUUAAUUAAUCUGUGAUUUAUAAUUUUAAGGGGCUUUGUAGUCCUAACAUGUUCCAGGCCAGAUGCCUCCCCUGACUGUGGAGCUGGCGGCGCAGCGUGUCGGGGAGCGUUGCUUUGAUUUCACAUCUUUAAUGAUCCUGUGAUGUGCAGAGCGCUCCACGGCCGGACCUGUCCCCACACGCCCACCGUGGUAUGCACGGUGUUGUCAUGUUGUGUACCUUGUUGACCUGUUUCUAUGGAGUAAUCGGUUGCUUGAGAGGAGUUUAAUCUCUUUGUUCCAUGGAGCAGCAUGCUUGCACGUUGAACAAACGCGCAAGCAUGCUGCUUUUUGCAUCUUCCGUUUUACCUUUUUUUGUUAUUAAAAGGAAUAUAUUCCCAUUUUUUAACUAUGUGAGCAGAGUCUAUCGCCGUCAAUGAAAUUUAUGGGAUUUUUAUAUAUAUAUAUACAUAAAAGUGUUUGUUCUAUGCAACGGGAAUCGGCAGGAGAGCUAGUUAACGUUAGCCGGUAAAUACCAGAGCUAGCCGCUAACGGAGGUUGCGUAACAUCGAGCUCUGUUCUUUAACUCUGAGUUUAAGGAUAAUAAUAGUUGUUUUGAGGGAAUAUAUAAAGUAGAUAUAAGAGUUAAUUAUGACCUGUUUAUGUUAUUAAUACACAAUAUAAGACCAGUUAUCAUAUGGGGAAGUAAACAAAUGGCUUCUAUCUCUAGAUCUGACGUAUGGAUAAAUAUAAAGCAGAAACAUAUGCUGUAGUCAUGGUUACGGUUUUAGGAAUUGGGUCGCAUGUUAAUACUUUGUCAUUUAUCAGAUAAGUUAAAGUUAGACGAUCUCUAAAAGAUGCUCGUGUUCACUUUGAGACGUCAUGGGAUGGACUGUCGUUUUAUUAUGAAUAAAUAUUCACUGUUAAUGAGAAUGUGAUCAGGGUUGUAUAAGUAUUAAAGAAUGUUUUUACUUGUGUAUUUACUGUAUCUUAAAUAUUCAUAAAGUGGGGGUCAUAUCAUCUGAAAGUUCAUCGUGUACCUUUAGUGAUGACGGGUUAUUGCAGUUCAUUCAUUUGGGAUUCUAGUUUUCUAUUGAAUGUAUUUAGUAUCUUCAAAGUCAUUCCUGACGUGUGGAAACAUCUUCGAAUGUGUUUGAUCUCAAGAGCUCCGAAGUUACGCAACGUGGAGCGAUCGUUGGUUAAAGCUGUCAAACAUUUAAACAAUAAAAAUACCAAAUGUUAAA